AUGGAGGAGAGCAAUGUAACAUUCAUCACCGAGUUUGUCCUUCUGGGCUUUCCUGAGCUUCAUGGAAUAAGGAUAGGGUUUUUUGCCGUUGUUCUUCUGAUGUACCUCAUUUCAGUCUCAGGCAACUGUUUAAUCAUCACGGUUGUCUUUAUGGAACCCAAGCUCCACAUGCCCAUGUAUUUCUUCCUCAGCAACUUCUCCUUGGCUGAACUCUGGAGCACCACUGCAGUGGUACCCAAGAUGCUGACCAACCUUGCCUUGGACCAAAACACAAUCUGCUUAAAAUGCUGUAUGGCACAAUCUUAUGUUGCCUUCUCUAUGGGAGCCAUACAGUUCUUCAACCUCACCGUCAUGUCAUUUGACCGGUAUGCAGCCAUUUGCAAACCUUUUUCAUAUAAUGCCAAGAUGACGAAUGAAAUCUGCUUGUACCUUUCAUUGAUAACUUGGUUCAGUGGGUUUACACUGAACUUUUUCCAGGCAAUUGUUGUUUGGACAUAUCCAUACUGUGGGCACAAUGUCAUGGACCACUUCUUCUGUGAUGUUGGGCCACUUCUGAAAUUAGUUUGCACUGACACAUCCUUGAUGGAGCUUAUUGGUGUUCUUUAUGGUGCUGUUGUGAUGUGGGGUUCAUUUCUCUUUACGCUGGUUUCUUAUGCAUGCAUUAUAACUACCAUAGUGCAGAUCCCAUCUGUAAGUGGACGAUCAAAAGCCUUUUCCACCUGCUCUUCUCAUCUUACUGUGGUCGGCAUCCUCUAUGGGGCAACAUUUUUUAUGUACCUCAGACCUUCGACCCAAGGUGAUACUCAGAUCAAUAAAGUAAUGUACCUCAUGAUCAUAGUUUUUUUGCCCAUGAUAAGCCCUUUUAUCUUCACAAUCAGGAACAAAGAGUUCAAAGCAUCAGCCAAUAAAGUACUGAGUAUUUGGGGCCAUAUCCCUCCAUUUGCGUUCAUGGAGAUGAUGAAGAAGCAGAAGCAAAUGAAAAAAUGGCCCAGGUGCCCCCCCAAGUUGUGA